ACAUUUCGAUAUGACGGACCAAAAGAUUGAGGAGCGUGGCUCGUGGGGUAAUCAGGUGGAAUUCUUCCUCUCCUGUGUAGGUUAUGCUGUUGGACUCGGCAAUAUUUGGAGGUUCCCUUACCUGUGUUUCAGGAAUGGAGGAGGAGCCUUCCUCAUACCUUACGUACUCAUGCUGGCGUUUGUCGGUUUGCCUGUGUUCUUCCUGGAACUUGCCUUCGGACAAUUUGCUUCAUUGGGUCCACUAUCGAUUUGGAGAGUGAACCCCUUAUUCAAAGGUAUCGGGUAUGCGUCUGUCUGUGUGUCCACCAUGGUGGCUAUCUACUAUAACGUGGUGAUAGCGUACGCCCUGUAUUACCUAUUAGUGUCACUGGUCAGUUUCGACAGUGACGUACCCUGGGCGUCGUGUGGGAACCCCUGGAACUCGGACUACUGUAUCAAUAACCUAACAUUGAUCGAGGACGGCAUGAACGACACCCAGAAACUCAGUAUCCAGUUAGAACGAAUGAACGUGACCUGCAUACAAGAGACAAUUCCCAAAUAUGGACUGCCGUAUGAAAACCUAACCUACAACUUCGCCAAAAAGAAUCUCACCGACUGUAGCUACGAGAGCUUGUACAAAACAUCGAGCGAAGAGUAUUUUACUAACUUUGUAUUGAGACUGAAUGAAGUUCACGACAUUGGAGGUGUUGGCGAAAUCAGCCCGAAAUUGACCGUUACUCUGCUUAUAGCUUGGAUAUUCAUUUUCUUCUCUUUGAUGAAAGGCGUCAAAUCUUCCGGAAAGGUGAUAUAUUUCACAGCUACAUUCCCAUAUUUGGUAUUGGUGACCUUGUUGAUCAGAGGCGUCACACUCGAAGGAUACAAGAAAGGAAUAGAGUUUUACAUCAUUCCUAAAUGGGAACAGCUGGCCGAUCCCAGGCCGUGGAUCGACGCUGCCAGUCAGAUAUUCUACUCUUUAGGGCCUGCGUUUGGAAGCCUUAUAACUAUGUCCAGUUAUAACAAAUUCAAAAAUAAUUGUUAUAGGGAUGCCAUUUUAGUAGCCAUCAUUAACUGUGGGACCAGCAUAUUCGCGGGAUUUGUGAUAUUCUCCGUGUUAGGCUUCAUGGCUCACCUGACAGGAAAGGAGGUCAAGGACGUCGCUACAACGGGUCCAGGCCUUGUGUUCAUCGCUUACCCAGAGGGUAUAGCUAGGAUGCCCUUCCCCCCGAUAUGGGCGUUUUUAUUUUUCUUCAUGUUGCUGCUACUUGGAAUGUCUAGCCAGUUUGGUAUGGUGGAAGGUGUAAUCAGCGCUCUCUCGGACGAAUUCCCUGGUGUUCUACGAAAAUACAAAACAUACUGGGUGUUGUUUGUGUGUAUGACGCUGUUUCUUUUAGGACUGACUAACGUCACACAGGGUAUAUGUCCGUCUGUGUGUCCACCAUGGUGGUCAUUGUUUAUAUAUUGGUUAUAUGUCUGUCUGUGUGUCCACCAUGGUGGUCAUUAUUCAUAUAUUGGUUAUAUGUCUGUCUGUGUGUCCACCAUGGUGGUCAUUGUUUUAACAUUAUUGUUCUAUUAUACAGGUAUCGGGUAUGCGUCUGUCUGUGUGUCCACCAUGGUGGCUAUCUACUAUAACGUGGUGAUAGCGUACGCCCUGUAUUACCUAUUAGUGUCACUGGUCAGUUUCGACAGUGACGUACCCUGGGCGUCGUGUGGGAACCCCUGGAACUCGGACUACUGUAUCAAUAACCUGACAUUGAUCGAGGACGGCAUGAACGACACCGAGAAACUCAGUAUCCAGUUAGAACGAAUGAACGUGACCUGCAUACAAGAGACAAUUCCGAAAUAUGGACUGCCGUACGAAAACCUAACCUACAACUUCGCCAAAAAGAAUCUCACCGACUGUAGCUACGAGAGCUUGUACAAAACAUCGAGCGAAGAGUAUUUUACUAACUUUGUAUUGAGACUGAAUGAAGUUCACGACAUUGGAGGUGUUGGCGAAAUCAGCCCGAAAUUGACCGUUACUCUGCUUAUAGCUUGGAUAUUCAUUUUCUUCUCUUUGAUGAAAGGCGUCAAAUCUUCCGGAAAGGUGAUAUAUUUCACAGCUACAUUCCCAUAUUUGGUAUUGGUGACCUUGUUGAUCAGAGGCGUCACACUCGAAGGAUACAAGAAAGGAAUAGAGUUUUACAUCAUUCCUAAAUGGGAACAGCUGGCCGAUCCCAGGCCGUGGAUCGACGCUGCCAGUCAGAUAUUCUACUCUUUAGGGCCUGCGUUUGGAAGCCUUAUAACUAUGUCCAGUUAUAACAAAUUCAAAAAUAAUUGUUAUAGGGAUGCCAUUUUAGUAGCCAUCAUUAACUGUGGGACCAGCAUAUUCGCGGGAUUUGUGAUAUUCUCCGUGUUAGGCUUCAUGGCUCACCUGACAGGAAAGGAGGUCAAGGACGUCGCUACGACGGGUCCAGGCCUUGUGUUCAUCGCUUACCCAGAGGGUAUAGCUAGGAUGCCCUUCCCCCCGAUAUGGGCGUUUUUAUUUUUCUUCAUGUUGCUGCUACUUGGAAUGUCUAGCCAGUUUGGUAUGGUGGAAGGUGUAAUCAGCGCUCUCUCGGACGAAUUCCCUGGUGUUCUACGAAAAUACAAAACAUACUGGGUGUUGUUUGUGUGUAUGACGCUGUUUCUUUUAGGACUGACUAACGUCACACAGGGUGGAAUUUGGGUGUUAACCCUGAUGAAUGAUUACUCUGGAUCAUACGGGAUACUGUUUAUUGCCUUCUGUGAGCUGGCUGCCCUCAUGUGGUCCUACGGCUUAACUAAUUUCUGUGAUGAUGUUGAAAUGAUGCUGGGAUUCCGACCAAACAUUUUUUGGAGAGCAACAUGGACAGUUGUAUCACCCGUAAUAGUCCUGGCAAUCAUCGUGGCCUCCGUUGUGAAGUUCGUGCCAUCAGCUUAUGGUGAUUACGUGUUCGAGGAUUGGGCACAAGGAAUCGGCUGGGUUAUGGUGGCACUUCCGGUCUUAUUAAUCAUCUUUGUGGCGGGCAUACAGCUAGUUAGAUAUGGGGGUUUUAAAGAAGCGACCACACCGUUAGAUUCGUGGGGACCAGCAGAGGAAGAAAACAGGACAGGCAAAUAUUCGGAAGCGUAUAAGCGAGCUAACGAGGAGUUCCAUGGUGCCGAUAAUAACGGAUAUCUAUCGAAUGAACAUCCGUCGAUGAAGGAAAAGAACGGUCAACCUAGUGUAGAAAUGACGGAGAUCACAAUGGAUGAAAAAAUGUAAAUCAUAUUUAAAACAUUGUCAGACA